CCCGUGUCUCCUUCCAAGGACACCAGCCACUAGUUAGGGCCCACCUUCCCCGGCACCUUCGUCCUGACUCAUGGUGUUAGCACGGGCCUGUUUCCACCGGGCCUCGCAGUCCGAGGUUCCGGGCGGAUGUGGACGCUGUGGUCGGGGCCCGUGUGGAAGCCACUGCCUCGGUUUCUGACCCGACUCUCGGGUGCAGUCAAGCCCUGGGCUGGAAUGGAUGGGCUGAGGGCCUGCGGGGGCGGUGCAUGUGGUGGGAGGAGAGCGAGGAGCUUCUCCCUGGAAGGCAGGGGCUUUCCCGGGAGCUGUGUGGAGGUCGCCCCGCGGGGCCUGGAGGUGGAGCCGUGCAGGAGUGAGAAGCAGGUCCCUUCCGGGCGGAACCACCUGCAGCUCCGGAGCUUUCCGGGCGGGGAGAGGCUGUUCAGAGCCGGCGUUUGCUGUGGUGGGAGCCGUGGAAGGGGACCGCCACGUCCUAGGGCAGGUGCUCCGCCGCGCGACUUCGCGAGCGUCUAUGUACCCGCACCGCGAGUGUCUGUGCCCCCGCUGAGGAUCCGGGACCCCCUAUGCUGUUUGUGCUGGCUGUGGGCAGCGCUGUCUUUGAUGCCAUGUUCAACGGGGGAAUGGCCACAACGUCCACAGAGAUCGAGCUGCCCGACGUGGAACCGGCUGCCUUCCUCGCACUGCUCAAGUUUCUCUACUCAGACGAGGUGCAGAUCGGCCCGGAGACGGUGAUGACCACGCUAUACACCGCCAAGAAGUACGCGGUGCCAGCGCUGGAGGCCCACUGCGUGGAGUUCCUCAAGAAGAACCUGCGAGCCGACAACGCCUUCAUGCUGCUCACGCAGGCGCGACUCUUCGAUGAACCACAGCUGGCCAGCCUGUGCCUGGAGAACAUCGACAAAAACACCGCAGACGCCAUCACCGCGGAGGGCUUCACCGACAUUGACCUGGACACGCUGGUGGCCGUCCUGGAGCGCGACACACUGGGCAUCCGUGAGGUGCGGCUGUUCAAUGCCGUUGUCCGCUGGUCUGAGGCCGAGUGUCAGCGGCAGCAGCUACAGGUGACACCGGAAAACAGGCGGAAGGUUCUGGGCAAGGCCCUGGGCCUCAUCCGCUUCCCACUCAUGACCAUCGAGGAGUUUGCUGCAGGUAACAGAGCUCAGGGGCUCAGGGGCUGGCUUGGGAGGGGGGUGGCACACAGGUGGGCACCUGGGUACCGAGGAUAGCGCCCCCGAGUUCACUGCAGAAAACCUGGCAGAUGCCUGGAGUAUAAAGAUAGCAAGAAACCUGGCUUGUGAGGGCGCGUCCACAGGGCCGUCUGUCAGCCCCAGCCUGGCUGCUCUGUCCCCACUGUACGCAUUGCCAGCCCCCUGCCCCCCAUGUCCAUCCAGCUGUGUUUUGGUGGAUCUCCCCAGGAGGGAAGGGAGUCCCCGUCUCGGGCUCUUGUGCUACCUGCUGGUGCAGGUACCAGUGUCCAGGACAAGCCCAGGAAGGCUCUGACAUGGCCGGGGCAGCUGUCGUGCUCCCAUGAGUGGGCCUUGGGGUCCCCUGCGGCAGGGCCUGGCCUCUGGGGUGACGUGAGGGGCAGCCCUUAUGAUGCCUCCUGCCCUCAUGUGGCUGCUCGCUGCCUGACGCCAUCCAGCUCUGGAACGUUCCAGAAGGGACUGGGACACUGGGACAGAGCCCUGUGGCUGGUGCACACUCGCCGUCUGGCCUCCCCAGGUCCACAUGGCCCCUGCUCUCACUUGACUGAAGGUCGCCAGACUUAGCAACAGGGUCUCAGUCUGUCACCCAGGCUGGGGUGCAGUGGUGCAGUCACAGCUCACUGCAGCCUCGACCUCCUGGGCUCAAGUGAUCCUCCUGCUUCAGACUCCAGAGUAGCUAGGAUCACAGGUGCCACCACCACACAAGGCUUAUAUUUGUAUUUUUUUAGGGACAGGGUUUUGUUAUGUUGCCCAAGCUGGUCAUGAACUGGGCUCCAGCCAUCCUCCCACCUCGGCCUCACAAAGUGCUGGGAUUAUGGGCGUGGGCCACCAAGCCUGGCCAGAUACAUACUUUUUAAGAAUACAAUUGCUGGCCGGGCGCGGUGGCUCAAGCCUGUAAUCCCAGCACUUUGGGAGGCCGAGACGGGCGGAUCAUGAGGUCAGGAGAUCGAGACCA